AGAGCCCUAGCAAAGCAGCAGCUACGUUGCUCGCUUGUUCUCUCGCUCGCUCGUUCUUGGCCUCCGAUUCUUUCAUAAAUCCGUCGUCGAAAGCACUAGCUAGCUAGCUGCACAUCACGCUCGAUCGAUCGCAUCGCACCCCAUCAUCAUCAAGCAAGAGCAAGCACACCGUACGUCAUGGCGGCGCAGCAGGAGCAGGCGCGGAGCACGAGACAGGCCGUGCCGGCGUCAUCGAGGGUGGCGAUCAUCGGCGGCGGCAUCAGCGGUCUCGCGGCGGCGAAGCAGCUGGCGGCGCACGACCCCGUGGUGUUCGAGGCGACGCCGUCCAUCGGCGGGGUGUGGAAGCACUGCGUGUACCGGUCGACCCGGCUGCAGACGCCCCGCCCGGACUACGAGUUCUCCGACUACUCGUGGCGCAACCGCGACGACCCCACGUUCCCGACGCACGCCGAGAUCAUCGAGUACCUCGAGGGCUACGCCGACACCUUCGGCCUGUGGCGCUACAUCAUGUUCGGCGCUAAGGUCGUCGACAUCAAGUUCCUCGGCGGCGGCGGCGGGUUCACGGAGCUCUGGAGCGGCACCGGCGGCGAGCCGCUCCAGGGCAAGCCCAUGUGGGAGGUCGGCGUCGCCACCGCCGGCUCCGACACCGUGCAGUACUACCAGUUCGAGUUCGUGGUGAUGUGCGCCGGCAAGUACGGCGACGUGCCGCGGAUGCCGGUGUUCCCGCCGGGCAAGGGCCCGGAGGUGUUCCGCGGGCAGGUGAUGCACUCCCUGGACUACUGCAAGCUCAGCGAGGAGGAGACGGUGGAGCUGAUGAGGGGGAAGAAGGUGGUGGUCGUCGGGUACAAGAAGAGCGCCAUCGAUCUAGCGCUUGAAUGCGCCCAGGCCAACCAAGGUGAGGGAGGUAAGGCUUGCACCAUGCUGGUGAGGACCCUUCACUGGGUGGUGCCGUCCUACUCCAUCUGGGGCCUGCCCUUCUUCCUCUUCUACUCCACCCGCCUGGCUCAGUUCCUCUACGAGCGCCCCAACCAGGGUCUCCUCCGCUCCAUGCUCUGCACACUCAUGAAACCUCUGAGAGCGGGCGUGUCCAAGUUCAUCGAGUCGUACCUGGCGUGGAAGCUGCCGCUGGACAAGUACGGGCUCCGGCCGGACCACCCCUUCGUGGAGGACUACGCCAGCUGCCAGAUGGCCAUCCUCCCCGACGGCUUCUUCGACAUGGCGGACCGGGACAUGAUCCGCUUCAAGAGGGCCUCCGGCGGCUGGUGCUUCUCCCGCAACGGCGUCCUCCUCGACGACGGCACCGAGCUGGAGGCCGACCUCGUCUUCCUCGCCACCGGCUUCGAGGGCAAGGACAAGGUCCGCUCCGUCCUGCCCGACCCAUUCCGCGGCCUCGUCGUCGACAGGUCCGGCAUGAUGCCACUCUACCGCGGCACCAUCCACCCUCUGAUCCCGAACAUGGCGUUCGUGGGGUACGUGGAGAGCGUGUCCAACCUGCACACGUCGGAGCUGCGCUGCCGAUGGCUGGCGGGCCUGCUCGGCGGCCGGUUCGCGCUGCCCAGCGUGGAGGACAUGGUGAGGCACGUCGACGGCGAGGCGGAGGCCAUGCGCCGCACCACGCGCUUCUACCGCCGACACUGCAUCUCCACCUACAGCAUCCACGACAGCGACGCCAUGUGCGCGGACCUCGGCUCCAGGGUCCUCCGCAAGGGCAACUGGCUCGCUGAGCUCUUCGCGCCCUACAACAACCAGGACUACAAGGAAGACUGAUGAUCCAAUCCAUCCAUGCAUUCCACCGGCCCCCCCUGCAUGCCACAAAUUCAUUCAACCCAACACGUACUCUUUAAUAUUCGUAUACUUAUACAUAUAUACG